GGAGGGGAGAGCAGGAGUGAGGUUACUGGCGUGAAGGAGGUGAGGGAGAGUUAGUGGACCUCCUGGGGUAAAGAGAAAGAGAGAGAAGGAGGGAGGAGCGAUGAGCCAAGAAAAUUCUGGUAUGGAGGAGAAUGGUAGCGGGAACAAAGUAAACAAGGAGGUCCAAGUCAGACCGUGUUGGGAAUGAGCCUUUUCCAGACGGACAUCUCCGAGAGAGGCAGGCAGAGACGGAGGGGAGGAACGUAAGACCAUCACACGCACCUGUGACUGACAGAGGGGGAGAGAGACUGGAACGUUCUGGAAUAACACACUCUUGGCGCAGAGCUGACAAACGCGGGAGGCCAGGGAGCUGGGGCUGCCGCGUGCUGGAGAAGAUGCUAAACACACACUCUUCUGGUCAACACACCUCCUCACACACACAUGGCUAAGAGAACCACCAGCAGACAGCUUUCGGGAGGCACAGGGAGUGGGUGUCAGGUUACUUGGGAAGGUAAAAAUGCGCUUAGCGGUUCGGUGGAUGUUUUCGAUGUUUUGUCAGAUUCGUUGGGCAAUGCUUUGAAUGCCAUCAGGGUGAGCACAGAGCUUAUUGAAGAGGAACUGAGACCUCAUCUGGACACACUCCUAACCAUUGCACAAGAGAGGAAAAAGGGGGUGGCUGAGCAGGUAGUUGAGAACAGCAUCCUCCCCGUCCUGGCCCAGGUGUUGUGGAGGAAGAACUGUCUCACGCUUAAGGCGACUAAGCUGGUGGCUGAACUCGCCAGGGAACCCAUGGUGAGGGAGCGAUGUUUCCACUCGGGCAUCUCUUCAGCUCUCCUCUCCCUGCUGAGCAGCUCAGACCAGGAGCUCCUUCUCCACACGGGACGGGCCAUCGGCCGAAUCGGCUACGACAACACUCUACAGCAGGAGAAACUUCUGAGGAACGGUGUGGUUCCGCGACUGGCCUCGGUUCUGCUGAGGUACCCAGCGAAUGAGGUGCUGGUCGGGGUGUGCCUGCUGGCGUUCUGCAGCCUGGCGGACAUGGGGGAGGAGGACGGUUCCUCCAUGGUGUGGGAGCGCGCAGGACAUGCCGCCCAGGGCGAGUGGGUCUUCCGCGGAAUGUCCCGGAACGCUGCCGGCUCGCUCUCCUCCACGGUGACAGUCGUCAGGCUCCACGAGUGGUCGACGGGGCAGUACAUGGUGACGGUCGAGGUUCUGCACCGAUGUUCCACGGUGUUCUGGUCAGCGCACAACAAGUUCUCCUCCACAGUCAGGUGGUUCCCCAUGCCACACCUGACCGGCUGGCCAAAGUUCUACAAGGUCGUCAAAUACUCGGCCCAGGGGUUCCCCCAAAAUGGCAGCUGGACAGCGAAGGUGUUUCACACGCUUUUGUGAAGUGUUCAAAACCAAAACCUGAACCGAGGAAGUGACUUGAUACGAAGUUGGCUUUUUUUGUAUUAACUCAUUUGCUGUUGUUAUUUGCUAUUUAUUUACUUGCCUCUGUUGUUUUAUACGCUGAGGAUUUUAUUUGCAAUAUGGUUUACUGAUCAAUGUGCCAUGAUAGAGAAACAGAUGGAGGCCCAGAAGUGGCCAGAUGGUUAUUUGCGCUGUCCUGCUCCUCUGUGUAGCUCCUCCACUUCAUCUUCUUCUCUCCACUUCAUCUUCCUCCCUCCACUUCAUCUUCCUCCCUCCACUUCAUCUUC